AUGGGUCUUGGUCUCUCCAUAUCCCGCUUAUUCGGAAAAGGCGAGGAGCUCAUGUCAUCCACAGAAAAACUCAGGGUCAAGUGCAAGCAACUGAUCUCCCAAAAAUCUCGGCUCGAGAUGGACCUCUAUGAAGCACACAGUGAGAUAGAUCGACUAAAGGCACAUGUCGCAGAGUACGAUGUUUUACUCGCACACUUCAGGUCUCGGAAGUUUAAACACCAGCUAACAAAAUUACAUACAAAUAUGAGACCUGAAUCCUCUAAUCUUCCCGUGAGUACUACUGACGACUGGAUUGGCGACAUCUGGCUCUGUUCCGAUUCUCACCGAGGACUUCACAAGGCAGAAUACUUAUGGAAAAUGGAAAGUCUUGAGUUUGCAAAAGAAGCAGCUUCUCAUGCUAUCUAUACUAACCAGUUUUUAUCCAUAGGGGAUGUCAUCCGCUAUAGAAUCUUUAUAGCAGCCGUUCUACAUAGUAUGAAGCAAUACGGUGAAUCAAAUAGUCAACUGGAUGAGAUAUCGGAUGCGCUCGUUGAUUACAACUCUUUCAACGGACAUGAAUCCAAGGAGCUCAUUGGAAUGGCCAACUUUGUCCGUGGGCGGAAUCUUUUGGUAUUGCAACAAUUUGAAGAUGCCUAUCUAUGUCUCUCGCGAGCAGUCAAUACUCCAGGAUAUAAAGUGAAGGCUCGCCAGUAUCAGCAGGAGCUGAUCAACAAGUUCAUUGAGAAAGAGGCUACUGAAGCCCAUGCUUUCGUGGUAGGCCAUGAAGAUCACCUUGCUAGUCUCAUACUCGCAGGGGAUGAGUAUGAGAAACUCGAUUAUUUUUACUGA